CUACUAAUCUUUUCAUACUUGAAAUCCCAAGUUCAAAAAAAUCAAACAUUAACCCAUGAAUUCACAUACAUCCUUGACAUGAAUGUUCUGCAACACUUCCAUAUUCCCACACCAUUAUUCAAGAAACCCAACGUUUUCUUUUCCAUCAUACCUCGCUCUCUAUUCUUCACCGAUUCAAUCGGAGAGAAGCAGCCGCCAUUUCUUCCCCUUCCAUCGCCUGCAAAGCUCGCAUCUUUCAUCGAGAACUGUUCGGACGCAGAUUCGUUGAAGAAGCUACACGCCUGCAUUCUAACACGCGGCUUCGAUCAAGAUUCGUGUCUGGGCUCAAAGCUUCUCAGUAGCUACGCAAAGCUCUACCUUUUGCCCGAUUCCAGAUGGGUAUUCCGAAGAAUCAUCGAAAUCGAUCGGACUUUUGUUUGGAAUCCGGUUUUCGUUGGGUAUUUCCGAGCUUCUCGGUACAGAGAAGUCCUGGGGUUGUACUUGGAAUUGAAGAGAAGGAAGUUCGACAUAUAUGGGUCGGCAGUGAUUUUUACCCUGAAGAGCUGCGACGUGUUGGGUGAUUUGAAAUUUGGGAAAUCCGUUCAUCUGGAUGUUGUGAAGCUAGGGCUGAACACGGAUAAAAAUAUAGGGUCGUCCGUUGUCAAAUUGUAUUCUGAGAAUGGUGAUGUUGAGGAUGCAGCUAAGGUGUUCGACGAAAUAACUGAAAGAGAUGUGGUUGUUUAUACAGUGAUGAUCACGGGCUAUUCUCAAUUCGGUUAUCCGUAUGCCUGUGAGGCUUUUAGAAUUGCGCGUGAGAUGCAGAAGGAAAACAUCGAACCGAACAGGGUAACUUUGAUUAGCUUACUUCAAGCAGCAUCUUCUUUGGGAGCAGUGGAGGAGGGAAAUGCAAUCCAUGGUUAUGCUCUCAGAAGAAGGAUCGGCUGCACGGACGAUGUUUUUGUGACAACUCUAAUGGACAUGUAUAUUAAAUGUGAAGUCCCGGAAAGGGCCAUUGCCAUCUUUGUGAAUAUUCCUGAAAAGAGCAUUGGUUCUUGGAAUGCAUCCGCCACUGCUCAUCUAAGGUUAGGGCAGUCUCUGGAGGCUUUGGGACUAUUUGUUCAAAUAAUGACAGAGGAAAAGCACAAGCCUGAUCAGAUCACAAUAUCAAAUGCACUAUCAAGCUGUGCUAAUCUCCGGUACUUGUUUGGGGGAAAGAGCAUCCACGCUUACAUACUCCGAUCUGGUUUUGUUUUUGAUCUCAUCACUACUACAACUCUAAUUGAUAUGUACUUGAAAUGCAACUCUCUGGUCCACGCUGAAACAGUAUUUGACAAAACGGAUCACAAGGAUGUGAUCCUUUUCAAUGUGAUGAUAACCGGUUAUAUUCAAAAUGGUCUUCCCAAACAAGCCGGGAGAUUGUUCUAUGAAAUGCUAGGGAUGGGGUUCAAACCAAACACAAGUACUAUAAUCAGUGUACUAUCUGCAAUUUCUGAUAUGAAAGAUGUAAGACAAGGAAACAUUAUCCAUGGCUUCCUCCUCAAAACCGGGCUUGAAUCCACCACUGACAUAUCUAACCAACUCAUUGAGGUGUAUUCAAGGUGUGGUCUCAUGGAAUCCGCGAGUCAAGUGUUUGGAAGGAUUGAACACAAGGACAUUGUAUCGUGGACAUCAGCCAUGAUGGGGCAUGUUAAUAAUGGCCAGCCAAACAAAGCCUUGAUCUUGUUCCGUUUAAUGCAGAGAGAGAAGAUCGAUCCAGAUUCUAUAACAUUCGUAGCUCUGCUUCAGGCAAUUGCUCAGCUUGGAUGUUUAAGCUUUGCAAGAGAGACACACGCGCGUGCCCAUCGAAUGCUAAAUGUACGAGACGACAUAUCUGUCGUUAACUCUCUGAUCACAGCAUACAGCAGAUGUGGUGAUUUAAGUGCAGCUAGGUCUCUGUUUGGUAGAAUGCCCGAAAGGAAUUUGGCUUCGUGGAACACAAUCAUUGCUGCAUAUGGAGCACACGGGGAUUGUGUUCAGGCACUGGAGUUAUUCAACCAAAUGAGAGCGGAAAAGGUGGGGCCUGAUCACUACACGUUCACUUCUUUGCUAUCGGCCUGCAGCCAUGCAGGGUCUUUACCAGAGGGUUUGUCUGUUUUCAAAACAAUGACUGAAGAACACAGAUUAGUCCCAUCUGAUGAGCAUUUUGGAUGUGUGGUUGACUUGCUUAGCCGAGGAGGGAUGCUCGAGGAAGCAUUUCAUCUUCUGAACUGUGUUCUGUUGAGAGAAAACACUUCUGCCUUAGGGACAUUCAUUGCUUCUUGCUUGGCUAAUGGGAACGCGAAAAUGGGAGAACGGGUAGGGAGACGGUUGUUGAGUAUAGAACCUGGGAGUGCAAGCGCUUAUGGUUUGGUGUCGAAUUUGUAUGCUGGACAAGCAAAAUGGGAAGAAGUGGCUCAAAUGGGAACCAUGGCAAGGGAGAAGGGGUUGAGAAGAGUUUCUGGGCGUAGCUUCGUAGAGAACAUAGUUUUAUGAGGAACGCAAAUCGAUUAACUUUCCAUUCAUUCGCCAAAUAUACAAACUUCAAAACAACACCAAACUGCCUACUCUAACAUAUAAGUUUUAACUUUUGAAUUAAUAAAACAGUUGGCUUGAU